UGACAGCGGCACACAUGAACCUCAGCGCCGCUGCUGCUGCAGACGGAGCUGGUCACCCGCGCAUCCGAACACCCGCUCCCCGGCGUCUUCAUUCAAACGGGGGCAGCAACAUGUCAGGAUACAGCCGAGUCUCAGCGGACUGAAGCGUAGGAGGAGAGCCGCGCCGCGAACGCUCGCUGACGUUUAGUUAGCCCGCAGGCUAGUGGCAGCUAGCUGCCGAGCGGAGUGCUGCUUUGUGCCGUCAGCUCGCUAGCGAAGCGAAGGUCGGAGGGACUCACGUUAGCUGAUAGUGCGGAGCGGGUGCAGUUCGCCAUUCAGCCCCAUUAAGGUGUCACUUGAAUGGUUUGCUUUGAUGCUGUGCGACAUUUUAUUUUGCUCGUGUAACCCCGCCUUACGUUUUUACCGUUUCAUGCGUUUAUUAAUUUAACGAAAUUUAACGGUUGACGUUUGCCCAGCUAGCUAGCUAGCUAAUCGGCUAUGCUAACGCCAGCUCAGUGAGAGCUCGCUCGCGGGGGUGCGGAGAGCUCCAGGCGGGUCAAGCAGGAGAGGUGACGUGAUGUGGGCUGAGGGAAGCGGCGGUCUGUCAGGAGAAGGACCGCAGCAGCAUUAACUCAAACACGUUGUGUGUGUUUCUCAUACUAAUCCUCGUCGAGGUUCAGGGGCCAUAGCGUCUGUCAAGCUGUGUGCGGGGCGUUGGAUGAAGGAGGUAAGAAUCGGGGCACUUUGAUUUGCGAGCAGGCUAAAUGAACAGUGUCGGUGUCGCUGCAUCGUGAACCGGUGGCCACCGCGCCAGCUUGAAGGGGGGGUCACUCAGUCCAGAUUAUCGCACAGACUGCAUCAACCAGCCAGUUUGCUUUAAGAUGGCUUCGGCGAUCAGCAUUGCCGCAUCCAUUGCGAGCAAGACGAAGACCAAGAAGAAGCACUUCGUCGCCCAGAAAGUGAAGCUCUUCCGUGCCAGCGACCCUCUGCUCAGCGUGGUUAUGUGGGGAGUCAACCACUCGAUAAAUGAGUUAAGCCAUGUUCAGAUUCCCAUCAUGCUCAUGCCAGACGACUUCAAGGCCUAUUCAAAGAUCAAAGUGGACAACCACCUCUUCAACAAGGAGAACAUGCCCAGCCAUUUCAAGUUCAAGGAGUACUGCCCUCUGGUGUUCCGAAACCUCAGGGAGAGGUUUGGCAUCGAUGAUCAGGAUUUCUUGAACUCACUGACACGUAGUGCUCCCUUGAACAGUGAGGCCCAGGGACGGAGCGGGGCCCGCUUCCACACUUCUUAUGACAAACGCUACGUCAUCAAGACCAUCAGCAGCGAGGAUGUGGCAGAAAUGCAUAACAUUCUUAAGAAAUACCAUCAGUUCAUUGUGGAGUGCCAUGGCAAUACGCUUCUGCCUCAGUUUCUGGGGAUGUACCGGCUCACAGUGGAUGGAGAUGAGACCUACAUGAUUGUCACACGCAAUGUUUUCUCCCAUCGCCUCUCUGUCUACAAGAAAUACGAUCUCAAGGGUUCUACCGUGGCAAGAGAGGCCAGCGACAAGGAGAAGCAGCCGCCCCAACCAGAGGAUGCGCCCCCGCGGCCCAAAUCUGGUAACGUUCAGCAAAGGCUGCAAACACUGCGGAUUGCCACGCGCUUUUACUGCGCCAUGAAACACGUAAGAGAUGCCAAGGAGCUGCCCACCUACAAGGACAAUGACUUCAUCAACGAUGGGCAGAAAAUCAGCAUCGACGACGAGAACAAGAAAAUGUUCCUGGAGAAGCUCAGGAAAGACGUUGAGUUCCUGGCCCAGCUGAAGCUCAUGGACUACAGUCUGCUGGUGGGGAUCCACGACGUGGAGCGAUCCGAGCAGGAGGAGGUGGAGAGCGAGGACAACGAGGCAGACGAGGAGGGAGAGAGUGACGGAGGGGGCAUUGGGACGCCCCCUGACAGCCCCAGCAACACGCUGGACAGCAACAAGCCUCUGUCACCUGGAGAGUUUGAUCCCACCAUCGAUGUCUAUGCCAUCAAAAGCAAUGAUAGUGCUCCCAAGAAGGAGGUUUACUUCAUGGCUAUCAUAGACAUCCUGCAGCAUUAUGAUGCCAAGAAGAAAGCUGCCCAUGCCGCCAAGACUGUCAAACACGGGGCCGGGGCCGAGAUCUCCACCGUGAACCCGGAGCAGUACUCCAAGAGGUUUUAUGAUUUCAUCACCACUAUCCUGUCAUAGCCUCCAGGAGCCUACGGGGUCACAGAGGCACACUGGGUGGGGGAAAGGGAGGACAAGUGGGGAGCAGGGCCGAGAAGAAAAGAGAAAAAUUAAACCCACGGAGAGGCUGAAUUAACAAAGUGCUGUGAUGGCUUUGUAUCGCUCUCCCUCAGUCGUUCUCCUCAUCCCUCCCUCUUUGUUUCUCUCUUUCAGUGGGGGUGCUUCGCUCUGCAGCUAAAAACAACAUCAUUCGUUUACAUUUAACCUCUUCCUCUGAGUUUUGUUCAUGUGUUACUUUGGAUGAUAAGUGUGUUAAAAGCAAGUGUUCAAGUCAUUACGUUUUCUUUUAUUUGUUUUGUCUGAGGCUGUUUAUGUUGGAAUAUGGCUGAUUUUUUUUAUUGCCUCUAACAUAACAUCCAGCACCCUGAAUUUUUUUUUUUUUAUAUAUAAAUAUGUUGAUGUUUAUAUUCGUCCUUUCCUUUAUGAAUGCAGGGGUCAGAAUUUGGCUCAAGGUUCCUCUUGCAGAGAGAAAGCUUGAGAAUGAUGUAAAAAAAAUACAAAAAAAUGACGUUGAGGUUGCGACUCGUCUAAUGCAAAUUGAUUUCAGGAAGUAGGAAGCAGUCUUCCAGUAGGCCAACAGCCAAAUGCUGUACGAGUUCUUAGCCUAACAAAUCCUGUUUUGGUUCCUCCUCCAUCGCCCGUCCUUUAAACGCGUCCCCUUCCCUUGACGGCCUGUCGUGUGUACAGAUAAUGAAUUGAACUUCUGGGUUAUCCCCUCGCGACAAACUCAAACCAACAUCCACCAUCGAGACAAAUUCACUCGUUGCAAUAAAUGAUGAUAUGUGUUUCCUAGUCGCACUCUGCGUCGCUCAGUGUUUUGUCCCUUUUGUUGUGAUGUGCAGUUAUUGAUAACGACUGAGGUAAGACAUGCAUCUGUGUCAUUUUCUCUGAAUACGUUGGUCAUUGUUUGUUAAGUCACGGUUUCGGUUCCCUCGGCCGGGAAUGACCCAGAAGGUUCUUGUGGCUGUCUAAGAGUGAGUCGCUAGUCGUUCUGUCUUUCUCACAGUUUCAGAUUGAAACAUCAGCAGCCCUCAACUUUUUGUUGCCAUCAGCACCUUAUGAGUAAAAUCAAAAAAGAAAUAAAGUUGCACUUUUAUGUUGUUAGAGGUUAGGAGCUCUUGUUCUGUUACAUGUGCUGCAACAAAGAGGAAAAGGAACUCAGCUCUCUUAGGUUUGAAUUUUGUAGCCUGAUUUUAAAUCCUGUCUCCUCCAUCGGAUCUUACCAACUGGUACAACUCACAGGGAUUGUUUGGGAAGAAUUCAUAGCAAUGCUAAAAAAAAACAGAAAUCAUUUCUUUUAACACGUCGUUUGCAAGCAAAUCUCUCCAAUCUGUAAUCUGUGGUGAUGUCGUGGCAGGUUUUUGAGAGCAGGCGGCAGUGUGACUGCAUUCAGGACAAACAGAGGAAAGUUUACCUCCAGCAUCGUACCAGCACACACCCAGUGGGGCGAGGUGUGUGUGUGUGUGUCAGUGUUCCGACGUUGUACAGUAGUGAUAACGAACAGAGAGGAGGGAGGUUCGGAAGAGCAGCUGCAGAUGUAAAGAUAUGUUAAGACAUUAACACCGACAGCAUCACUCUCCUCUCUAACCUCAGCUGUGAGUCUGUUACUCGUGUCGUCUGUGUCAUCGUUGUUGAAUUUUUUUUUAAAGGUGGUUUAUCUGUGUUUGAAUUUGGCAGUUAUGAAUUGAUGUGGUAGUAAUUUUUUUGAGUUUGAGGUUGUUGUUUUUUUUUGUAUAUUUUGCACAAGAGGAAAGGAACCAAACGUUACAAAUCUGAUCCCAUUUAGUCUAUACGGUCUUAACAAGGGAAAUGCAAUAUACUCGUGUGUAAGUGAGAAAAGUUGUUGUGCGCGUGACGUUGUGUAUCCCCUCUCGAUAACCAACUAAAACAAGUUAACGUCGUCCUCCUUGACUUAUUCUUACCCAUGCAAAAGCUUCCAUUGCAAUAUGUUUGCUUAGAUAUCAUAGAAUAUAUUCACAAUUAUAUUUUUACAUUGGAUUUUAGUCAUGAAAUAUAGUUGUAUUUAAAAAAAAAUAAAAAUAAAAAAAAAAAAACACAAGGAGCCACACGUGGGAAUGAAUGAUGGUGCUGUGGUAAAUGAAGAAUGAUAGUGCUUGAAUUUAUACAAUGUUAAGUGUAGAUGUACUUUUAAAAGAAAAGUCAUAAAAAAACUGCAUGUCACAGGACUAAGUUUCCUUCGCCCUCUCGUCCGUGUCGUCAGCUGUUCAGGUUCCCGUGCGUCUCCACGUUAUAACCAUAUUUGUGAUCUGUGUUCAGCGUAAAUUGGUCCCUUGUCAUGCUUUAAAUAACUGGUUCUCAUUGUAUACACUGUGCAAGAUGUGUGCCUUUAUACUCCAAAAUGAUUUAAUUUUAUAUUUUCUAAUCUUUUUUUUUUUAAACAAAAGGUAAACGUUUUUUUUAAUAAUAGGGUGUUUUAUUUUGACGUACCAUUACUUCCGACUUAUUUUCAACCGUGUCCCCACUUCAACAUCCCGUCUAUCGUGUGUUUUCAGUUCGUUCGCGUCCGUUAAACAAAACCAUCCUUAAUGAUUGUGUUUUAACCGACAAGUGAAUCGCUGUCUUACAUUUGUCGUCUUCCGUCUCCUCAGACUGGAGCUGGCGUGCGCUGAAGUGAAUCCCUUCUCCGUUCACGCUGCUCCUGCCUUUAUAAAGAGCGUUUUGUGUGUGUGUGUGGAAGUGCAUUGUGGAGUACGUGAUUGUGUUGUGUCACACGGACUGGCGGCUUUUGUGCCCGUCAACAUCUUCCUCCCACUUUCCCUGCAGAUGCAAUCACAUUUUAGGAAUGUGAUCAUUUUUAUUCAAAAGUGCUUGUCCAAAGUUUCACUUUGUUUUCGAUGUCCAAGUUCCAUUCACAUCCUCUUGCUCCUUUACCUCCGUCUGUGUGCGUAACCCGGAUCCCCGCUUGUUGUCAGGGGAGAGGAUCUGCUGAUAUCUGAUCCUGAGUCACUGGUCGAUGUUUCUAUGCUCACUGUAAAUGGGUUGUUUUCUUGUUUUAAUGUUCAUGGGUCGUGUCAUAAAGGAAAACUCUGAGUCUGCUUUGCUCUGUUUAGACCUGGAGGCUUCCUGUAGUCAAACAUCAGCAAAUGUAGAAAACAGAGCAGUGCAUGCUGGGAGAGUGUUGUUGUUUUUAUUUUCCGUUUUGUGCGUUGUUUUUUUUUACCAAGUAACAACUCUGGAUUUCACAUAACAAAGACAAAACCAGACUUUAACUGAUGCAAAUUAAAGACAAUUAUAAUCCACGUGCCCAGCUGCUGUACAAGUCCUCGCUUUCAUGGCGUCUCUCAUGAACAAACUCCUUCACUCAUUAACCAGUUGACCUGCUGCCAGCUUUAACUUGCCAAAAACAAAAAAAAAGCAUCUUUCAGCAAUCACAACCACCCGACAUGAGCUUGAAGAACAUUGUGUUUUUUUCAUGUAAUGUGUCUGUUUGAAAUUAUUUUUUCUUUUCCAACUGGGAGAUGGUUGCAACGCUGAAAAUGCACAAAGUUCUCCAUUGAGUGUAAAGGGAAGAAUUAAAAUGAAAAAAAAUGCACAUGACUGGAGGCCAGGCACGAUCUGCAGAGCUGGAGAAAUGUCCUCUUGGCUUAAAAACAAAUUUAAACUCAUAAACCCUAGUGGAUUAAAGGUAAAAAAAAAUCUCAAAUGGUCAAAACACAAGAGACCAGGAAAUCUUCCCCUGCAGAAAGUGCUUUGACCUCACAACAGCCCUGAGUCCUUUUAGACUAUACUUCUAAAAGACUCAAGCAUUAGUGUGUGUGCGUGCGUGUGUAUUGCUGUCUGACAGUGGUUGGUGAGAGUUCCCUUUCAGUGGCAGAAAAGCCAAAAUGAUGUUGUAUGUUUUAUUGUUCUACACAUUUAAUGAUAAUAAUACACUCCAUUCCAUAAGCCUUCACUCAAACCAAUUAAAGCACUUGUUCUGCUUAACUCAA